AUGGGCACCACGGAGAUGCGGUCUUGUUUCGACAACGUUGAGUUUCCCAAGGGACUGAAAACACUGUGCUCACGCCGUCGUUUACUGUGCGAGUCUACAGUGCUAGUGUCUUAUCACGAAUUACCCAUGCACUUCUCAAGACUCUCUGCGUUGGCUUUGGCCGCCAGAUUGGCCAGCGCCGGGAAAGGCCCCUUUCUCGAGCAGAUUAAUGACUCGACCUGGGUCAUUGGAAAUGAUCACUGGAACCUAACCCAGGGUUCGCUGUAUGCAACAAAGCUUUUCUGGGAGGGUGUCCCGGGCGCCGAUCUUGUGGGUUCGGCCGUCGGCCACUAUGUCGGCUACGACGGGGAGAACAAUCUUCAAUUUACAAACGCCACCAUCGCGUCCCGCGGUACCGACUACAUCGACGUCAGCUUCUCUGCCGCUGCCGGCGACUUCCACUGGGUAAUCUUUGACGACUUGACCGGCGCGUAUCAGUACUUUGUCAACCGGGCCCUCCCCGACAUUAGCAUUCUCCGUACUCUAUGGAGGCUAGCGCCCGACGUCUUCACCAACGGUCGCACGCACCUCAAGAACGAGCCCCUGCCUGACUUCUCGCUGUACGCCACCGCAACCAACGUCCAGGAUGAGACUUGGCAGCUAGCCAAUGGAUCCUUCAUCACAAAGUACGACUGGUCCAACGCCGUCAGGGAUCGUGAUUUCUACGGCGUCUAUGGCUCAAAGGCCGGCUCUUGGUACAUCCAUCCGACGACGGAGUACUACAACAGCGACCACCUUAGCCAAACUUUGACGAUCCACCGAGAAUCCAAGACUGGAGACGCCGUUCAGCUCAAUGUUGUUCAAGACACUUCUCACUACCGCGUGGGCGAGAAAGUGCCUCAACCAGCAGGCAAGGUCUGGGGACCUUGGCUGUGGUAUCUUAACAACGGAGAUGUAGCGGACGCCGCGCAAAAGCACACGGAGGAGGUCAAACAUGUCCCUUACACUUGGUUCAAGGACGCCGCUUACCACUCUCGCGGCGGAGUCCAGGGGACACUAGUCCUCUCCGACGGCCGCCCUGCUUCUGGCGCCGCCGUCUUCCUCGGCGACACCGACACGACCAUCCGUCCCUCCGUCCAAGGCAAGAACUACUACUACACGACAUACACCAACGACAAGGGCCGCUUCUCCUUUGACAGCGUCCGAAGCGGCGCGUACGCCGUCUACGCGACCUCCAACGGCGGGAAGCUGGCCGACGUGUACACCAACUUCACUGCGCCACUGAACAUCACAAAGAACAAGACGCUGAACCUCGGCGAGCUCUCAUGGACCGUCCCCAAAAGCAAGCGGAUCUUCCAGGUGGGCGAGUUCGACAAAAAGGCCAACGGCUUCAAGAACGGCGGCGUGCCCUACCAGCACGGCGUGGCCGCCCAGAGCCCCUCGAACCUAACCUUCACCGUCGGCGAGUCCCGGGACGAGGACUGGUACUUUGCGCAGUCCGCCAUCGGGAAGUGGACCAUCAAAUUCGACGUGCCCCAGGCGGACCUCGCCGCCAACAGGACUGCGUUGCUGAGCGUGUCGCUGGCUGGGUACUCGCAGAGCGCGGCGCUAGAUAUUGAUGUCAAUGGGCAAGUUUAUGGCUCCCUGAGCAAGAACACGUUGACGAGCGAUCCCGCCUUGUACCGGUCGGGCAAGAUCAGCGGCGAGUGGCGCUUCUUCCAGUACAAGAUCGAUACCGACGUUCUAAAGGCUGGGCAGAAUACUGUGGGAUUCACGGUUACGCGUUAUACACAGUGGAGAGGCUUCCUGUGGGACAGCAUCAUCUUGGAAUGGAUUUAG